AUGGGAGAGAUUGACGUGCGCGUUGAUGCUGACGUAGCAUUAAUGCGAAAUAAAAUAUGGGAUGAAGCUAUCCUGUAUUCAUUUGCAAAAGUCCGUCGACGACUUCUGAACAUGGUCAAGGACGAAUUCAGUCAAAUUGUAUGCGGACAACUUCAUGAUGAUCUGCUGCUAACGUUUAUAACGCAACAUCCUCGCGAUGUAGUCCGAAUGAUUGUUCCUCCUGAGUAUCGCAACGCGGACGGAAGCAGUUCAAGCCCCUCUCUUGAGGUACAAGGUGGAUUGUCGUGCAACCAAGCGGCUGGUACCAUUUCCCGUCCUACAGCAACAACAGACAGUGAAACCACUGUGGAACCCGCGGAUUCUAUCAGCGAAGAGGGAUGUGGAAUUCAAGACAGCAAUGAGGCGGCCCCGUUCUCAACUUCAUCAGUCCAACCAUAA